UUUUGAAAUUUUGACAAAUAAUUUUAUUUAUUUUCAUUCAUUUGUUAUUUUAUAAUGCUAUGCCAGUCGCUAUAAAUAUUCAUGAUCUUGUGAACAAACUUGCUAUCUGAGCCUAAAAUAUACAAUGGAAGACUCGCCACCAUUAAUCCUUUGUCUGGAAAAUACAAAUGGCGAAGAAGUUGCAUUAAAGAUUGAACCACAUGAUACUUUUAAAAUAUUUCUGGAUAAAGCCAAAUCUCUUCUAGGCUAUGACGUCGAUUUAAACGCUAUAACAGGCAACCAACCGGUCAAUCUUGAAGAAAGUGCUUACACUUUCCUUUUGAAUGCAGAACAAAAUCUUCCAGAUACAAAUUUCAAUCCAACAAAUUACGAACAUGAUACUAAAGAUUCUGACGACCUAGUCUACGUCUUAGACGAUGGAACACAAAUACGUGCCUCUCAAAUACAAUUCGAUAAUGAAGAUCCCCUCACAGAUCUAACAGCUGAGAACAUACCAUUUGUUAAAUAUACAGAUUGUCCAGACGAAAAUGAAAUAAACGAUAUAGAGAUUCGUACUAUAAAAGACAUCAAUAUAGUCGAAAGUCCCAUAGCUAAUAAAAACUUUAGCCCGAAAGGUAAUUUUGCGAAUAGCCUCCCUUUUAAACUCGUCUGUAACAACAUUUCAAAUUUCGAAGCGCAGUUCGCUAAAUAUCUCGAGUCCAGUGCGAAAGUGUUUGCGGCAAACUCUGCUAUUAAAAACAAAUCGCCUAGAAAUGUAGAUGAUUUUAAAAAUAACGAUAAAACAUUAAAAGAUAAUAACAGCUUUUACACACGUGAAGAAAUACUUAACAUGUUUAAAGAUUCACCCGUGACCCCUCUACCGUGUGAAGACAAUCAAAGCUAUGAAACGCGUAGACACGUGCGGAAAACUGAUCCUUCGAGACUUGUGUAUAAGGGUUGGAAUGCCAAACCAGUUAUAGAUCUAGAUUCAGCUAUCAACAAACAUGAUUGUUUCAUAUGCUGUAAAAACAUCGAAAGCAGUGAAAAGUUAUAUUUAUUUGACAAAGAAGAUCAGAUGUUGCAUCGUUGCGAACAAAGGAAAUAUAUGACACAGCUUAAAAUUAUUUGCGAGAAGUGCUUAGGGGAAAACUUUAAACCGAGCCGAAUGAAAAGUCCGAGUCAAUCUUUGAACAACGACGAAUACUUGGUCAUAAAAAACAAUCAGCAAUAUAUUUUCCAAAAAACGUCAUCAAUAAAUUUCAAUAAUAACAUUUACAAUACAGGAAAAGUAGAAGGUUCUAGAAAUAAAGAAGAGUUCGUUAAAGUAGAGAUCGGUCCAGAUGGAGAAAUUAUAACGAAGCUAGUUGAUAACGUAAGAGUGGACGAUAUGACGAUGGUGAAAGACGAGAAGAAAGGCAGCUCGAGUGAUAUCGAAAUAAUAGAGCCGGAAACGGAAAUCGAUAUAGAGAACAUUGAAGAUGAAGACGUUAAGGAAUUCUUGGGGAAGUACCAACGUGAUGGUAGUGUUGAUGCAGAGGAAUUAAAAUGCAGAUUUUGUAAUCGAGAAUUCAAGGAGUUAUCAGAAAUAUUGGAACACUGUGAAGAUCAUAAACACGAUCUCGACGAUGGUACCGUUUAUCCAUGUCUGCUAUGUGAUUAUGGAUAUGCCAAUCUGAAAUGGCUAAAAGGUCACAUAAAAGCUGCUCAUGGAAAACAGAAUAAAGGAAAUGAUGAUGCAGAAGUAAAUAAUGAUGAAAAAAAUGGUGCAAACAGCUCGCCGGUCGCGAAACGAACUCGCAGCGCUAUUAAACGCAAUGACGUUGAAAAUGACUCUGGUAAAGAAGAAAAUCAGAAUUCUGAAAAUAAUAAUGGAAAUGAAUCGAUAGAAGAUCGAACGUUCACAACGGAAGUUAAACAAGAGUGUAUAGACAGCAGCGACGAUUCGAUAUGGAUCGUGCAAACCGGCGACGAUGACGUCACCGAACAGCUAGAGAAAUUGCUAAAGGUCAAUGAAGAUGGUCGGAAUUAUGAUGAGUUGAAGAAACAUAAGUGUUUUAAUUGCAGUCAAAUAUUUCCAUCGGCCGACUCACUAACAACUCAUAAAUGUAGAAAAAGGAAGCAGAAGUCGAUCUUAAAUGAUUCUGUUGUCUACGUGCCGUCCGAGGAGGAUUUUUUAAAGAGAGCUCAAGGAAAACCUCGUUCACUUGAAGAAUCUGGUGACAACGAUCUUUUAACUGUGCGAGGCCGUAAGAAAAAGAGUCCCGAAAAAACGGACUCGCAGAUCAUGACUUGUCACAAUUGCAACGAAUCGUUUACAUCCAAAGUGAGACUUAAAUUUCACAUGCAAUUCCACGAAACACCGAAUCUAAUAACGUCGGACGGUCAGUACGCAUGCACGGAGUGCGAGAACGCCAAGUUUGAAACGGAGACCGAAUUGUUCGACCACGUGCAUUUCCAACACGACAAGCAGAAACGUUGGCAGUGCCCGGUCAAGGGCUGUGGAAAGACUUUCUUUUUAAGGGCAACUCUGACGAAACACAGUCGAACACACACUGACACCAGGCGUUACGUCUGUGUGACUUGCGGCAAAAGAUUUCUCGACAAACAGACGUUAGACGAACACGGCGUCACGCAUUUACAGAUAAAACCGUUCCAAUGUCACAUAUGCUUCAAACAACUGACCCGGCGGUCUCGUCUCCGGAUGCACUUACGGGCUCACGAGGAGGAACUGUCUCCAGCGCUUGUGUUGACCUGCGCGAUGUGCUGCAGAGCGUUCAGGGACGAAAACGACGCACAGGAGCAUGCAAAUAAGGCAACGGAGUGUAUAGACGAGUUUACUAAGGAACUGAAAGAGGAAACGGAAGCCACGGAACAGCUGUCACCAACGAGUGGCAUCGUCAGACACGCCGUCCGAGUUAAUGAAUAUCCGCGUCUCACGAAAGGAAUCGAGCGUGAAGUGAAAAAUGAACAAAGCGAAGCUCUAUUGGCAGGCUUAGACGACGCAGCGAGAAAUAUUAUACGCGUUGUCAAUAUUGAAAAGGCGUUUAGAUGCGAAUAUUGUGAAGACGUAUUCUACAUGGAGAAUGCUCUUAACAGCCAUAGAAUAAUACAUAAAGGAAUUAAAAAUCCCUUUACGUGUCACAUCUGUAAAGUAUCUUUCGCUACAUAUUCUAGGUGUACGACACACAAAACGACCCACGGUUUUUACAAGCGCAGCACAGCUGAAGGUCGUAAUGAAGGUACCGCUGGACCUGCCACCGCUGGGAUUCUCGGCUACGGUGGUUUUCCCGUUGUGAAACACUUUUUAUGUGAGGACUGCGGUCGCUCGUACCUUCACUGGACGUACCUCCAAGUGCAUCGUCGUAUGAAACAUGCGAACGAAAAUUAUAUUUUCAAAUGUAAUCAGUGUGAAAUGACGUUUCCUAACAGUUGGAGUAUGACGUACCAUAGAAAGAAAAUUCACGGGAAAACCGGACAAGAUGACAACGGAGGAUUCACGAAAAUAAUAAGAGAAAAUUACAGGAUUCCGUGUCGCGAUUGUGACGCAGUAUUGCCAAACAAAACUGACCUUUAUAAGCAUAGGAAGAAGGAGCAUUGUGACGAUUCACAGCUUAUUGACAAUGAAGAUAACAUUCAGACAACGAUUUGCGGCCAGUGCGGUCACAAUUUGCACAACGUUACCGCUUUGCAGAAACAUAUCAAGGAGGUGCACGGCUGGGCGUGCCCCGUGUGCGCGCGCGCGUUCCGCUCGUCGUCCGUGCGCGACGAGCACGUGCGCGUGCACACGGGCGAGCGGCCCUACCCCUGCGACGUGUGCGGCGUCGCCUUCCGCAGGUUGACAGCCAUGCGCAACCACAGAUUGAUCCACACAGGGGUCCGCGUGUGGGCGUGUACGAGAUGCCCUAAGCGUUUCAGGAUUAAGUCCGAUUUGAGAACGCAUCUAAGACUGAAGCAUCCUUCGCAUUUAGUUGUUAUUGAGUUGGAAGGAACGAAUUGCAAUCCUGAAGAUAUAACGCAACACCUAGCCCUCAACGACAUAGCUGAAGAAAAGGUCAUCGAGAUAACGAUGAUCACCUUCGCGAAGGACUCGAGAAAUAUUGUACCAAAUUCAUCGCGCGCUCUUUCGCUACUGAAUGACGUUCCGAGAACCCAAAUAAUAGGGGAGAAACUACCAGAACCCACUGAUAUGGUACAUUCGUUCCUACAGUCCAGACGCGGCCGUGGUAUCGCUAAAACCCAAAAACCAAUCCAACAGCAUCAGAGUCGAGAAUAUUCCCUGAACAUGAACGUUGAUAAUGACAAUUUAUCGAAUUUGAACGUUCAGCUCUUGUUACAAGAUAGCGCUCCUGUCAACGGAAAUGAAAUGGUGCAACUGCAGCUGGAUGAUAGAUCGUUUUUAGGAUAA